AUGCACUUCCACAACCCAUUCCGCUCCCACGACGAAGGAGGAUCGCACGGAGCGCCACAGCCUCCUCCACAGCCUGCGCAGCAGCACGCGCCCUACCCCCAACCCCCCGGCAUGGGCUGCAAGAAGCCGAGCGGGCCGGACGACGGCGACAUCAUCGGGCAAGUCGUCGCGGGCUACCAAGGCUGGUUUACAUGCGAGGGCGAUGGGUCGCCGCUGAAGGGCUACUGGCACUGGGCGCCGGACCGUCUGAAGCCAAUGUGUGCGUCCAACUGUGCGGUGAUCUCGUGGCCCGACAUGCGGUACUACGAGCGGCAGCAUGCGACGGGGUUUGCCGCCUACCCGAACGGGACGCCCGCGCGGCUCUUCAGCAACAUGGAUGCGCAGACGGUGUACGCGCACUUCCGGAUGAUGCAGGACGCCGAGAUCCGCGCGGCCGCGCUGCAGCGCUUCGUGCCGUGCGGGCCUGAAGGCCCGCCGCGCGACAUCACGACGGUGCAUGUGCACAACGCGGCGCUCGCGACCGGCGUCAAGUGGUACUGCAUGUACGAUGUGGGGGGGUGGAAGAAGAUGGGGAGCGAGCUGCCCGAGGACUGGCGCUGCAAGAUGAGCCAGUAUGCGGCGUCGCCGGCGUACGCGCGCCAGAACGGCAAGCCGGUUGUCGCGAUCUGGGGAUUCGGGUUCAACGACGACAACCACUACUUGUCGCCCGAAGAGUGCAUCCAAGUCAUCCGCGGGCUGCAGGCUGCGGGGGUGUACGUCAUCGGCGGCGUGCCGACGUGGUGGCGCAAAGGCAUGUCCGACUCGCGCGGCAACUAUGCCGCAGUGUACCGCAGCUUCGACUGCCUCUCGCCGUGGAUGGUGGGGCGGGCGAGCGAGACGAAAGACCUCGACUUUUACUUCAACGAAUGCAACAAAGGGGACGCGGAGGAACUCCAUGCCUUGGGGAUAGACUACCAGCCGUGCGUGAUGCCGGGGGACCUCGCCACUGGCCGGCGGCUGCACGGCGACUUUUACUGGCACCACUUUGCCAACCUCGCGCGGCUGGGCCGUACCGGCGUCGGGCUCUAUGUGAGCAUGUUUGACGAGUACAAUGAAGGGCACCACAUUGCGCCGACGGCGGAGACGCGGGCGGACCAGCCCGCCGACUUUGCGCACCCGGCGCUCGACGAAGACGGUGUGCCAUGCACCGCGGACUACUACCUGCGCCUCACGCGCGACGGGGGUGCCAUGUUCCGCGGCCGCUUGCUCUACUCGGAGCUGCGGCCCACGGAGCCGUGGCCCGGCCGCGGGCCGUGCCACCGCCCGCGCGCGGUCGCGAUCAAAGCCAUGGUGAAUGGGCGGUACGUGUGCGCGGAGCGGGACGGGCGCUUGAUCAACGACCGCGAGCGCGCCGGGCCAUGGGAGACGUGGACGCUCGAGCACGCCCCCGGCGGCGUGCACUUGAAGGCGUAUACCGGCAAAUACAUGUGUGCCGAGCACGAGGUUAUUGUGGCCAACCGCGACACGGCGGGGCCGUGGGAGACGUUCACCGUGACGCGCCUCGACGAUGGGCGCGUCACGAUUAGGGCGUGGACGGGGAAAUAUGUGCAGGCGAUUCCGGAGGGCACGGGGCGCAUGGUCGCGGGCGCGGACGAGGCGGGGUGGUGGGAGAGCUUUGCGUUCGAGGAUGUGUAG